AUGGUGGGUCAUGGAGGUCAAUCGGGUCUUCAACAAGUAUUUGGAUCAUUGCAUGAUGGAGAUGCUUCGGUAUUAAACAUUGACCUGGAAGCAAAUGGACAAUUAAUUGCACAAGUUCAGAAAGAGAUCCAGAGAUUUAAAGACGACAAAUCGAUAGAACAAAUGGUCGAAGCUGAAAAUUUCCAUAAUGGGUCCUGGACACGGUUCAAUAUGCUUGUAGUAUCGUUUUUGAAAUUCUGUCGCGAUGUGAAUCCGUGGUCCGUGUCAGAAAGCGCAGAUUUGAUAUUUGAAUUAUACCAAGGGCUGGGGAAUUGUCUUCUAAAUGAUACUUAUCCCGUCCAGGAGUUGGUACAGCUGUAUUGCACGAUGACAGAAUACGUGGUUAAGAUGUCACGUCGUUUGGAUUCGCAUUAUUGUCAUUUGGGGACCAGAAAACAUCAGUUUCUUACCAUCACAACUGCAGUGAUCUCUAAAGUUUUCAACAGUGUCAAACCGCAUCACGAUGAAGCAUUCGUGAGUUUUGAAGAUUUGUCCCAGAAACAGCAAAUCCUGUUGUAUCUUGCGAAUAAAUUGAACAACUGUUACAUUUUGAUGGGCUCGUCAUCGUCAUGUGCCAACAUUUUCAAAAACGUUAAACCCAAAUCUGCCCUUUCACAAUUCUCGGAAUUCCCACUUCGCGAACGUGUCGAGUACCGCUAUUUGCUCGGCAGAUACUAUUUAUUGAAUCAUCGCGUAUCGAACGCAUUCCAUCAGUUAAAUUCUGCAUUUUCGCUUCUAGCGACGCAACGUACCAUGUCGGAUCCACUGCGCAGAAACAUGCGUCGUGUACUCAAAUUUCUCGUGCCUGCAAGUAUGAUGUUCGGCAAAUUGCCAUCUACACAAUUGGUGGCAGAAAUCGAUCCUGCGCUAGCACACAUGUACGUGGGUCUCAUACACGCGAUCAAAUCCGGUCAUUUCGAUUCGUUUUACCAAUGGCUUUACGAGCAUGAAUUGCAACUGCGAUCCGAUUGUCUGUUGCUCCUACUUUUGGAGAAAAUACCCGUAUUGUUGUACAGAAACCUUGUGCGACGAAUCGUUCGAGAACUUUGCAUUCCACAGAAUUCGAACAAACUGCCCUACGGCGUAGUUCAGAACAUUUUAGAAGUCUCGUUGCGACGGCGCCUGGGUGAGCCUCAGCUUCCACUCAUAUACACUGCGGUACACGAUCCAGCAAACGUCGAAAACGUGCUGGAAACAUUGGUGAAUUUGACAUUGUUCCGGGCCAAUUGCUUCCCCUUGAGCAACCAGUGCGUCUUUUCCAAGACCACUAACAUAUCCAGCAUUUUCCCACCAGUGAACGAGAAACUUACUGCGUUGUUCCCCCUCAACGGCGAGGACUCCUGGCUCGAUACCUGA